UCGGAUAAGCGGCGGCAGCCAAAGAUCGGCGCUCUGAUGAAGCAAGUGAUGGGCGCCAAGGAAGACGUGCCCGGAACGUUCAGCAGAGGAGCUCUUAGUCAAAGGGCCAAAGUCAUCUCCCUUUCUCAGCCCAAAGUGUCUGGCAAGGCCAGGAACUCUACCAGAGGGAAAUGGGGAAGCAUCCGAGGAAGCGGGCGGCUCAGCGCCUACAAUCCGGACGUGGGGACGCGGCUUGCAGGGAAAGAGUCGCCGCAGCCCAACGGCGGGCCGAGCGAGGCGUUGUUCCUCCGCCAGCACAGGGCCUACCUCUACAUCAUUGGGGACAAGGCCCAGCUCAAGGGCGGGAAGCAGGACUCCUUCCAGCAGUGGGAGGUGGUUCCCAUCGAGGUAUGCGACGUGCGGCAGGUCAAGAACAGCUUCAAGAAGCUCAUGAAGGCCUGCGUGCCCAGCUCGGCCUCUUCGGACCCCAGCACGAAUUUCCUGCGUUGCCUGGAAGAGUCGGAGUGGAUGGCGCUUCUGCACAGGGUACUGCAGGUGUCCGUCCUGGUGGUGGAGCUGCUGGACACGGGAUCAUCCGUCAUGGUCAGCCUGGAGGACGGCUGGGACGUCACCACCCAGGUGGUCUCCUUAGUGCAGCUACUGUCCGACCCUUACUACCGGACGUUCGACGGCUUCCGGCUGCUGGUGGAGAAGGAGUGGCUGUCGUUCGGCCACAGGUUCAGUCACCGCGGCGCGCAGACGCUCGGCAGCCAGAGCAGCGGUUUCACCCCCGUCUUUCUGCAGUUCCUCGACUGCGUGCAUCAAAUCCACCUGCAGUUCCCCAUGGAGUUCGAGUUCAGCCAGUACUACUUGAAGUUCUUGGCCUAUCACUAUGUGUCCAACCGUUUCCGCACCUUCCUGCUCGACUCGGACUACGAGCGCAUUGAACUCGGAGUCCUCUAUGAGGAAAAAGGCGAGAGGAGAAGUCCUCAGGUGUGCAAGUCCGUGUGGGACUACAUCGACCGGCUCAACAAGAAGACGCCCGUCUUCUUCAAUUACAUGUUCGCGCCUGAGGAUUAUGAGGUGCUUCGGCCAUACACCUUCAUCUCCAACCUGAAAGUUUGGGACUACUACACGGAGGAGACGCUCUCAGAAGGGCCGUCAUACGACUGGGAGCUGCGGGGCCGCCAGGAGCGGGCGACAUCGGAGGAGGCGCCCGACAAGCCCGACAGCGGCGCGCCCAAGUCGCGGCGACGCGCCGUGUGGCCGUGCUAUGAUAGCCUGAGCAAGACGCUGCCCGACGCCAUCACCAAGCUGCUGCAGGACCUGCAGGCACUGGAGGGCGAGCUCGGCCAGGCGUCGGAGAAGUGGAAGGACACGUGGGAUAAAAUCAAGGCCGCUCAGAGGAAUGAGACCAAACUGGAGAGCAAGCCGUCAUUCUCCAACUCGCUGCUCAUGUCCUCCAACCUGAGCCACCAACGGCGUUCUCAGGGCGUCUACCUGCAGGAGAGCGGCGUGGGCUCCUCUAUCAACUUGGCCCUGGACUGCGAGGCCAGUGCGACCUCCACUCCGGUGGCGGGUCGCCCAAGCACCAGCACGCUCUACAGUCAAUUCCAGAGUACCGAGAGUGAGAACAGAAGUUUCGAAGGCGUUUUAUUUAAGAGAGGCGCUCUGCUGAAACCAUGGAAACCACGGUGGUUUGUGCUGGACAAGACCAAACAUCAGCUGCGAUAUUACGAGAGCAGGCAGGACAAAGAGUGCAAAGGCGUCAUCGAGUUGGCCGACGUGGAGUCGGUCCUUCUCGGGACGCCCGCCAUGGGAGCGCCCAAAAACAUCGAGGAGAAAGCCUUCUUCGAUCUCAAGACCACCAAACGAGUGUACAACUUCUGCGCCCAGGACAGCCUCAACGCUCAGCUGUGGAUGGACAGUGUUCAGAGCUGCCUAUCUGAUGCCUAGAGUGGGAAGCGGCCCGGACUCUUGAACUGCAAUAUCUCAGUGUUUUUGGUAGAAAAGAAGAAAACGGGGAGUGAAAAAAAAAAAAAAGGCCGCGGUCCGACCACACAGUACCAUUCCACAUCUUGUGCGACGCAUCCGGCAUGAAGAUUUCUUCCCGACUCUCCUUCUUACUAACCCUAGCCCCCCUUCCUCUUCUUCCAGAUUUAACUUAGACAAAAAAAAAAAAAAACUCAGGGGGAGGAAUGACGGAGGAGCUGCCGGAUCCCAGUUUAGGACCACCUGUGACGGUUCAUGAAGGAUUUUUAGUCUUUUUUUUUUUUUUUUUUUUUGUGUCUAUGCCACCACAAUCUCAAGAAAAAAAAAUAUACUGUGAAAGCCCAUCAGAAUCUCCUCGCGAGUGUUUACAAAGUGGACAAAUGCUCCCUUCCCUUUACACGAACCACUAUAAACAAAUGUGUAAAGGACAUCGAACGAAAAAGACAAAAUCAACAAGACUGCUUGAUGGAACUUGCCUCUCCCGACAUAUUUUGGCCGAAACUCCAGAGUCCCCAUGAAAAAUGCGACACGCUGAAGGCGACCCAAGCGAAAAUGAACUCACGAGGGCAUGUACUUCAACUUCUUUCCACAUUCCCCCCAAAAAUGUGCAUAUUUGGUCCACUGAAGAUGAUAACUCGGCCAUAGAUAUGAAUGAGAGUGUGAAUGCUUGUUUCUUCUCGCCCAAAGUCAGCCAGCUUGGCUUUUGUUCCACCUCACCCCCACAAACCCGAAGACGACAAGAAGCUUUUGUAAAAUGGCUGGCUCAGUGGAGCGAUGAAAAAGGAGAGGACCUAGGUUGGAACCUUGUGGAACAUCUUGAGAGAGAAAGACAGAAUGAUUGAUGGUGUGGUCUAAAAGGCCUUGUUUUUUUUUUUUUGUUUUAAGUGAAACUCAGAUUUUUGUGAAAAUUGCAACCCAGUGAAGGCAACACGAGCAAAAAUGGAAUGAAAAUAACGCAAUUUAAUUGGAGCCAUUCCUCAGGAUGUAGGCGACACGAUGACCUCACAUAUCUGGGUUUUCUGACCUCCCCAUUCAACAAAAACUUCAAAUUGUCCUUAAAUGUGAGUACGAGUGGUCAUUUGUCUCUCCCGAUUGACUGGUGACCAGUUCCAGGGUGUACCCUGAAGUCCGCUAAGAUUGUCCAGCUCACCGCGACCUCUUCAAUUCAUCACCACUUCGUUCACUUGUGUUCUUCCUUUGCACACACACACGCACACAGACACAGUUGUUCAAAUUUCUUCCCCACUCUGUAAAAUAUACUGCUGUCUUUAUUCAACAUGACUUUUUUUUUUUUAAUUGUAGAUUUGUCUUUUUUGGGGGGGACAGGGGGUGUUUUACCCCUUCUUGUAUAUACUACUCCAGAUUUGUAUGUAACGUUUAUAGUCGUAAUUUAUUUAACGUCUCCCUUUGCAAAAUUUCCUGAACCACCACUUUUAAAAUUUAGGAAUUCAAUGUGCCAUUGGUUUAUAUCUGUAUUAAUGUGACUAAUGCUUUUUUUUUUUUUUUGUACUGUGCAAGUAAACCCCUUAUGUUGUUUUUUUUUUAAACACAGUUGUCCUUACUCAAUUUCCACCAUUCAUGCAAGAGUGGAAAUGUUUGUUGUGAAAGCCAGUGGGCUAGUUUUUUUUUUAAAUGGCUGAUUGGAUCAAACUGUUGCUAGAAUGCCGUUGAAAUAAAUGUCUGAUACAUGAA